AUGGAGUCCAGCCGUGCCCACCCGUGGCGCGACUGGGCCGAGUGGGAGGCGUGCUACGCGGACCUCUUCGCGCUCGACGACCCCGCCGCCCGAGCGCGCGGCGUGCAGCGCGUCGCGACCUGGCGGAGCCGCGGGCGUGUGCCUCUCGCGGUCGAGAGCACCGCGGUGCUGGCCGAGCUCGAGCUGUCGACGGCGCUGUCGGAGCCGGUGCUCUGCCUCGCGCUCGGGAUGGCGCUCACGCGGCUCGUCAACGGCGUGGUCGACCCGAUGCAGCAGCGGGCGCGCGCCACCUCGGUGCAAAGGCUCGCGGCCGAGGUGGCGCUGCCGGCCUCGCUCGUUGCGCUCCGGCACGAGGCGACGCACAACCAGCUGCCCUCGAUGGGCGCGCUCAAGGCCGACGCCCUCCGCCGCUGCGGCGGUAGGCAGCGCAGCCAGGGCGGAGGGUCGGUCGGCAUGCGCCGCGCUCCGGCCCCGUCUGCGAUCGGCGAUCCCGUCUCGGUGGCGUGGGGCGGCACCGCCGGCGGCACCGCCUCUUCUCCACAGCCCGCGCCGCCGCAGCCAGCCUCUCUGCGGCCAGGGGAGGGGCGGGACGCGCCGAGCGGCCGCCCGAUGACCCUCGCGGGCCCGGCGGAGGUGCUGGCGACGUGGGAGGAGGUGUGCGGCGCCGCCCUGCCGGCACCCCCGGGGGAGGGGCGGGUCUAG